AUCAGCUGACUGAAUUGUUGAAAAGGCAAGUUGGCCGCCGGUGGAGGAAGCAAAAAUCCUCGUUCACCGUCAGCGAAAACUUGUCAGAUUUAAACAACUGAAAUGACCGAUUUUUACUUUGCGACCAGUUGAGAUAGCCUAGCUACUGUUACAGUUCCUCUUCUCAAUUCCGUCGGCGUGUGGCUGAACUGUUGCCAUAAUUAGCAUAUUAUUGUUGAUUUCCUUUAUAUAGCUUUUCCUGACCUGGGAUCCAUGUAAAAGGUGAACAAGAAGACAACAGAAAACAUUACGGCUGUCAGUAUGGACAUCCAAAACGAGAGGAGAAGGCUGCUGGAUGCGGAGGAUGGAGAUGAGUGUCUUACUGGACUCAUAUCUGAGCAGGAUGCUUAUCUCAGUAAAGUGAAGAACAGGAACUUGUACCUGGCGACAUUUGCAUCGGUUCUGGGUCCCAUGAGCUUCGGCUUCGUGUUGGGGUACAGCUCACCCGCCAUCCCCGAACUUACCAGCAUGAGUACUGACCCUCGGCUGCGGCUGGACGCUAACCAGGCCUCCUGGUUCGGGUCCAUCGUGACGCUGGGAGCGGCGGCCGGUGGCCUGCUGGGCGGCUGGAUGGUGGGGAAGAUCGGCAGGAAGCUCAGCCUGAUGUUCUGCUCGCUGCCAUUCGUCUUCGGCUUCACCAUCAUCAUCGCAGCCCAGAACGUGUGGAUGCUUUACAUCGGCAGAGUGCUCACCGGCCUCGCCAGCGGAGUCACGUCAUUAGUCGUCCCGCUGUAUAUCUCUGAAAUGGCACACGAGCGGGUACGUGGGUUUUUAGGCUCCUGUGUGCAACUCAUGGUGGUGCUAGGCAUCAUGGGAGUGUAUCUCGCAGGUCUCUACCUGGACUGGCGCUGGCUGGCGAUCUGCAGCUCCAUCCCGCCAACGCUGCUGAUGGUCUGCAUGUGCUUCAUGCCAGAGACACCCCGGUUCCUGCUGUCACAGGGCAAGAGGCGGGAAGCUGAGGAAGCGCUACGCUUCCUGCGAGGGCCGGAUGCCCCCGUCGAAUGGGAGUGCGCCCGCAUCGAGGAGGCUUGUGAUGCGCAGGGCUCUAGUUUCCAGAUGUCCGACUUGAAGGACCCCGGUGUCUACAAGCCUCUGGUGAUCGGCGUCGUGCUGAUGAUCUUCCAGCAGAUGACUGGGAUCAAUGCCAUCAUGUUCUACGCUGAGACCAUAUUUGAACAGGCACAUUUUAAGGAGAGUGACCUGGCUUCAGUGAUCGUGGGUGUGAUUCAGGUCGUCUUUACAGGAGUGGCAGCGCUGGUUAUGGACAAAGCUGGAAGGAAGGUCCUUCUCAUCAUUUCAGGUGUUGCCAUGGCGAUCAGCACCACAGCAUUCGGGGUUUACUUCUACCUGAUGUCCAAACUUCACAGCACCACGUCGCUGAGCCUCUUGGCGCUGGACAUCCAGAGCAAGGCUGGCGAAGAACCCCACGGUGACCUGGCCUGGUUGGCCCUGGCCAGCAUGGCGGUCUUCAUCACAGGUUUUGCUCUGGGAUGGGGUCCGAUCCCCUGGCUUAUCAUGUCGGAGAUUUUCCCGUCCAAAGUGAGAGGGGUUGCUAGCGCUGUGUGCGUCCUCACCAACUGGACCAUGGCGUUCGUCGUCACCAAGACUUUCCAAGAAUUGAUGAUUCUUCUAACCAGCGCUGGGACCUUCUGGCUCUUUGCCUCUAUGUGCAUCCUUAACGUCAUCUUCACCGUGGCCUUCAUCCCGGAAACAAAGGGCAAGACACUGGAGCAGAUUGAAGCCACUUUCAGAGGGACAUCAGGUCCAUGAAUCUCAGACCUCGUAUCUCUGAAACGACUGGUUCUUGGGACACUGUGUGGGCAUUAAAAAAAAUCUUUGUUAUGUCUAUAAAGCUAUAAAGCUGGUUGAAACUUUCUUAUAAUAAGUUUCUAUGACAGAAACAGAAAAAAACUUUUUUUUUUUCAAUCUGUGUUAUGGGGGUGUUGAUUCCACUGUGUGAUCAUUUUUGAUAAUUGCAGUUUAUGGUGCUGAUGAACUAGGAGGUGUUUCCAAUAUUUUGCUCAUCCCAUACACAUCAAUGAGGUUAGACUAAACUGGCAACUGGGUGUGACCCAUUUGUUUCUGUAGGACGUCUGACCUAAAAUAUAACAGCAUAUAGUUUUUUGAAGGUAAAAUCCUCUGGAUUUUAACAUAUCUAAAUGACUCCCAAGGAGCAGAUUUCGGACAGGUUUAGUGUCCAAUGCUGAAUCAAAGUGUUACUGAUCGAUUGCCUGAGUUGUGCUGCUACUUCCAGGAGAGCAACCUUACGCUGCCCUCUGCAGGUCUCACUGCUGUAGUUCCUCUGUGCAUGUUAAAAAUGUCCUCUACUCAGUUACUACAGCUUGACAGUAGACCAGCUUUGCAGAAAGCUUUACAUCUAAAAAUCAUGUACAGAGUAGAAGUUAUACAUAGAACUUAACAUGGGAUCUUUCAUACUUUCAGGUUUGGAUGCUGUACUGUGACGUUUCAGAGGGAAAUUGGUGUUAAGGUAUAUCCAACCUAAAUCUUUCUUUUGAGUUUUAAAGACUUUUUUCGAAUAGAAAAGAGCCUGUUGUAAACUUGAAUUUAUGUCAGGUAUAAUAGAUCCCACCGGUGUUGAGUUUUUACUGUGGAAAUAAACUGUCCUACAUGUUACUCAAACUACUGCUGCAGCAUAAUUUGCUUAUCCACUGUUCAUCUAUUUUCCAAUAAUGCAGAAUUUGUCUUUACCCUCAUGUAUCAUCAUUUUUCAACAGUUUUGGGCAACAAGAAGUACUCUAAUAAAUAAAUAAAUAUUAAUAUUUGUUUUCCAUUCGACAAAAGCUAGCAUGAUGCUAAAGCAGCAUGUAAGGAAUACAGAUAUUUUUG